UGUAAGCCUGGCAUCGGUACAGUGCUGAAGAUCUAGAGAGAUGCCCUGGUAAUUCGUUGGUACAGUACUGCUGUUCACCCUAAGCACGUGUGCACCCGAAAGUAGACUAGAAAGAGGAAGCUAAUCGGGAAGGCGUUAAUCGAAAUUACAUACUUUGGAGCAACGGAAAAAAGAAUUCGCCAUUGAACUGGAACUUCUGGUUAAUUUCUACGAUAUCUGCAUCAUAUCAGAAGAUUGUCUCGUUAAUUGGCAGAAUCGAUAAUAUGACAUUUCUUUGACUGCAUUGUAUUGUACUACUGAUAAAGUCUUUUCCAUGUUUGCUCUGGUCCAGUUCUUCUUGCAUAGGAGAAGAUGAGUAUAAGAUCUCUUUGGGUGAUUAGUGAAGAAAACAGAGGAUCUGGGGUGGUACUGUUUUCAAGACGGUACCCAACUGUGGAAAGCAGGGCCAGAAGAUUUGGGAAAGAACAUUAUGUGUCCAUUCCUGAGGAUACUGCCUUUGUCCGGUCCCUGCUUACUGAGCUUGGCCUCACAGACCCUGAAAAACCUUUUGUGGAAGCAAGAGACAGUUGUGACCGAAUGCAUAAAACAUCUGCUUUGGAGUUAAAGCUGGAUCAGUUGAGAGGGGAUGUGCUGUGGCCUGUGUUGGCCAUACAACAUGGGAAGCUAAUUCUGGCAUGUCUGCCACUGAUAGAGGCACCUCUUAAACCCCGCCCUUCACUUCCUAGUCUACCUUCAAUAUCUCAAGGAUUUUCUUUACUUGCAGGGCUCCAGGCAUUCCUAACUGGGGUCAAGGCAGAAGGAGACUUAACAUCCAGAUUAGGCCUUUUGUCUAAUCUUUUAUUGCAUGCCUGUCCUUUAGGUAGUCCUUUAGAAACCAAUCUAAGUCAGACUGUAGUUCCUCCUGCUUCCCUUCCUGGAACACAGAAACAGCCAGCUUGGAAACCAGGGAUACACAAAGGAAGAGCGCAGGUUGCUGUGGCUGUCAGUGAGCAAGUUCGAUCAAUGCAAUAUGGGAACCCUUCCAAGCCAGACACAUGGGACGUAUUUGGCGCUGUGUCAUGCAAGUGUGACCUGGAGGGUGUGUUGCCCAACGUCACUGUUACUUUGAGUCUGCCUCCUAAUGGUUCACCUCUUCAAGACAUUGUGGUUCAUCACUGUGUCACUUCCCUGGAUUCCAGUGUUUUGACCGCAAGUAGUGUGGAUGAGAGUGACAGCUCUGCCUUCUCUGGACCCUACAAGUUUCCCUUCUCUCCACCCUUGGAGCCCUUUCGCCUGUGCUGUUACACUUCACAGGUACCUGUGCCACCUAUUCUGGGCUCCUACCAGAUAACUGAGGAACUUGGCCGAUUAAAAGUCGCAGUGAACCUGAAACUCCAUGAGAGUGUGAAAAACGGAUUUGAAUAUUGCGAAGUCCAACUCCCCUUCUUCAACAGGGGUCAGUUGGCCAAUGUUGACCUCAGAGUGACAACCGGACAGCUAGAAGUGACCAGAGAGAGAGGCUUGGUAGUUUGGAUGCUUGGACAAAAGUUUCCAAAAUCCUUAGAAGUGUCUCUAACAGGUAGCGUAAAUUUCAAUGGAGUCAACGUAAGUGGGCCUCAAAUAGGACCAAUGGAUUUCCUGUGUGUUGGCCUUACUUCCUAUAUCAAGGCAAGUAUCCUCAAUGUAUUUUGUGAAAUUAAAUUCUUAAAUGAUUCUUCUGGUAGAAUUUUUCGAAAAGAUAAACAAAAUUACAUGUAUUCUUUGUUUGGAUGCUACUGUCUGCUUAUGAUUGUGGUUUCCUAUGUCUGGUAAUUCAGGGGUUUCAUCAGAGCUUUCUUGUGGUUUUAGCUAAAUUUCCGUGUUCCUGACAUCACUCUAUCUGGCUGUUCAGUGGAUCAGCACUCUGUGCAGGUUUAUUCCUCUGCCAAACCCAAAAUUGUUACAUCCCGGGAGCUUGUCUCUUCUGAUUAUUACAUUUGGAAUUCUAUGGCUGAUGCUCCUUCAUCUUCUGGACCAGUGAUGCUGUAGUACUGCAGUGCAGAUGCAUUAUUUUGCGAAUUUAAUGAAUUGACUUUUACUGUCACAGAUGAAGUGUGUCUGCCCCUAAAGCCCAGAUUCUCAUUAUCUUAUGGUUAAAACAUCAGAAAACUACCCAUUCUUGAGAAACCCAUCUAGCAAAGCUUCGUCUUUAACAGAGAGGUACAGUAUUUCUGCACUUAAUAAAAUUUUCAAGCCUUCAUUAAUUGUGUUGGAUCAAUAUUUAUCCAUAAUAUGGGGACACUCACCUUAUUAAUAACGAUUGCCACAAAAUAAAAUUACUAUUUGGUGCAUGUUUUAAUGGGAGAUAUUUCUAUUAGUAAAAUAUAUGAUGUCUGCAGAUGUUUAGUUGCCCAGAGCUUAGAAUGAUGGGCAACUUUGUCAGUUAUGAUGCUUUUUUAACAAACUGACGAGUUAUUUCAGAAUCUCCUAGCUGUACUUUUUCCAAACUGAUGAUGGACUUAGCCUGGCUGGGUCAUAAAUUGUAAGUUUGUCACCUGGUAGCUGUGUACAUUUAAGUUUGAAGAGAACUCAGACUAGGAAGACAUUUGCUGUUUCAAUCUUAAUCCCCCAUUUUUAACUUCUUUUGUAAACUCUCAGCAAAAUUAAAAGCAAGUGCUCUAUUCAGUUAUUAUGCAA